AUGUCCCAAGCUGCUUUCGAAGGCGAGGUGCGCAUUCGGCUUACUAAAGCACUAAGUAUUGUCACGGGGCGAUCACUCAUUAUAAGACAAGAUAGACUUGAAAUUGGCCGGUACAGUAUGCACCCGCUGGUUCAUAAGUGGCUUAGGGAGCGCCCCGAAAUAUCGAUAUCAGAGCAAUCACUCUGGUGUCAAGUCGCGGCGACCACUUUGGCAAGGAGUAUUCCUCUGCCUCCUCUUGGAGAGACGGAGAUUGAGAGGCAAAUGAGACGCGAGCCCCUUCCCCAUGCUCUCUACAUUCGCGAACGCCGAGAGGAGAUUAGAGGGAUUAUAAUAGAAUACCAAGAUCCUAGGAAGUCAAGUUGGCGGAAAGCAGAUGGUGAUUUCCGUAGGGUACAAGCUGACGAGUCGGGACGCUUAAGCCGCAUGUACUACGACUGCGGUUUGUACCGAGAGGCUAGAGAACUUCAAUCCAAAACGAGAGAGUGGAUUAUCCAGCAGCUUGGGGAGGAUCACCAGUUCCCUAUCAGACUCACUCUAUUCCUUUCAGAGACCCUCCGAUUGUCGACAAUGAUAGAUGAAGCGACCAAGUUGCAGCACCGUGCUCGUCAGUUAUGCGUAACUUCGUUAGGCGAAGACCACCCAUUGACAUUAGAAGUGACAGAAAUAUUAGGGAUGACACUUUGUUUUAAAGGUCGAUGGGCAGAAGCUCUUAGCAUACACGAGAAAAACGUGGAAAGACUUAGCGAGGUGUAUGGACCAAAACACGAAAAAACAUUGAAAGCAAUUCGGAACUGUGCUGCCGUGGACUAUCAUGAGACCGAUGCGGAAACACUGUGGUUCCUUCAGGACCUAGCGACAAGUUAUCUACGAUACGAUGAUGAACACUCCGCCAAGGCAUCACCGCAGCAGCUUCUUCAGAGCCACGAUCACUUAAACUUCAUCACCAAGCAACGCCAGGAGACCCUAGGGGAGGAACACCCCUUCACUCUCCUUGCAAUAUUACAUUUAGCUCGAUUGAAAUCUUCAUUAGGGAAACACGAAGAAGCGAAGAAGAUCAUGGACGAUAACUUAAAAAUUGCCAUACGAAAUCAUGGAGAAGAUCACAUCGCAGUAAUAGCCGCAAAGACACACUACACCAACAUACUCGUAGAGCUUAACCAAUACGAGGAAGCGGAGCAAAUAUUCAAUCUAGUCACGCAGAAAGCGCGAUGCAAAUUGUUCACAGAUGAGGAUGGCGACCAUCCGGAUCGGAUGGUCGCAAUGUGGUUCCAGGUCAAAUGCUUAGACAAGCAGGGUAAACCCGCGGGUGCGUUAAGAUUAUGCGACAGUAUCCUUGUGGCGCUUAGAGAUGUAGGUGGAAAUAGGCUCGGUUUGAACCACAAGAUUGUUAAAAUGGUAGAGAGGAAGAAAGCCGAGCUAGUUCAACAGAUCAGUCCCAUUGACUGA